AUGUCGUCUUCUUCAUCCGAGCAGUUCGAGGAGGGCGAGUAUGAGAACCAGCCCAAGAGGCAGAAGUACGGCCAGGAGGACGGGGAGAUAGAUUAUACAUCCGAGGAGCAGGAGGGGGAGCCGGUCCCCGAGCCCACCAAGAGCACCUGGGGGGAAGCCAAGUAUGGGGUAAUUAUAUCAGGCUAUCACUGUGACUAUGGAGCCCCCCCCCUACCCCCACAAUAAUGGGCCAUUCCUGUGCAUACCUUGGCAUGCCAGGGUCACAUGGUGCCUCUACACUGGAUAUAACAGGGCAUGAUGGCACUGCCAACACGGCUAUAGCAGGGCAUGCUGGCACUGCCAACACGGCUAUUGCAGGGUAUGCUGGCACUGCCAACACGGCUAUAGCAGGGCAUGCUGGCACUGCCAACACGGCUAUAGCCGGGCAUGCUGGCACUGCCAACACGGCUAUAGCAGGGCAUGCUGGCACUGCCAACACGGCUAUAGCAGGGCAUGCUGGCACUGCCAACACGGCUAUAACGGGCAUGCUGGCACUGCCAACACGGCUAUAACGGGCAUGCUGGCACUGCCAACACGGCUAUAGCAUGGCAUGCUGGCACUGCCAACACGGUUAUAGCAGGGCAUGCUGGCACUGCCAACACGGCUAUAGCAGGGCAUGCUGGCACUGCCAACACGGCUAUAGCAGGGCAUGCUGGCACUGCCAACACGGUUAUAGCAGGGUAUGCUGGCACUGCCAACACGGCUAUAACCGGGCAUGCUGGCACUGCCAACAUGGCUAUACAGGGCUUUCUAUAUUUAUAUUUAAUGUCUGUCAUUGGAGUAGAGGUAAAUCCCAGCAGUGCUUUCUAUAAUGGUUUUAAUUUAUAUUUAAUGUCUGUUAUUGGAGUAGAGGUAUAUAUCCUAGCAGUGCUUUCUAUAAUGGCUUUAAUUUAUAUUUUAAUGUCUGUUAUUGGAGUAGAGGUAUAUAUCCCAGCAGUGCUUUCUAUAAUGGCUUUAAUUUAUAUUUUAAUGUCUGUUAUUGGAGUAGACUCCAAGUAAGUCAUGUUUCAUUAAUAGUUUUGCUGUCAGUUUCACAAGCAGCGUGUAUAGAUCUAGAUUUAAUAGAAUAAUGAAGUGGACCCAGCCAUACACAGGUGUGCAUUACAUCCCCAUUACAUGCUUGUUUAUCUGUAUGUGUAUUUUCGUAUUGUAUCAUAGAACUUGGUAUGUGGAGUUUGCUUUUUUUUUUCUGUUAAAUUACUCUAAUACAGUAAAUCAAUACACAUGUGUAUGUACUGAAUGGCACACAUAAUGAUGUAUAAUAUAUUACUAUGUAUGGUAAUAAAAUGACACAUGCAUGUGUUUAUGGAACUGAAAAAAAUCAUGUUCAAAUGAACUGACACACAUAAUGACAUUAUUAUUAUUUAUAUAGCGGCGGAAAAUUCCAUAGCGCCGUACAACGGGGGGGGGCAUAUAACUUAUUACUACGAAAACAAAAUGAUAUAGGGUAUGUUUGAUAUUUUAUAUACCAUGUGUCAUUUUCUAUAAUACAUUUAAACUGGUAUGAGGUAGAGCUAUACAUUAUACAAAUGCCAAAUGAUAGAUUUUGUUAAACUGGGAUUUUAGCAUCAAUUUACCAUGAAUGAUUACAUUCCUGCACCAGGUUUAUAGGAUUAGGUAAAAUAUGAAAUGCUUACGUAUUUUCAUGUAGGAAAAGCUGUUUUACAUUUAAGAAAGUAUUGUGUAAGUGAUGACUACAGCUCAGGUAUUAUUAAAAAAUAAAUAAGAGUAUCAUUGUGUAUGGUCUUUCUUGUAGUGCUUGAUAAUAUGGAUUCAUAUCAUUUACCUUCUGCACUAUAUAAAUCCUACAUACAUGCAAAAAACUUUUUUUAUUCUUUAUUUAGUACAGGCAUACAGAUUUUACAUUCUUUGUAAAUACAUAUUUUUAUGUGAUUCUGAUAAAAUUUUGUGUGUGUGUAUGUAUGUAUGUAGCCCAUUUUAGCACCGGUGGCUUUUUAUUUUUUUGAAAAUGUUUGGUUUUCUGAAAGCAUGUAUUUACCUGUAUGUAUGUAUGUAUGUAUAUAUGUAUAAGGAAAAUCUUUCAAAUAGACAUUUUAUGUGUUAAGGGCUAAUAAUCUCCUUGGCACUGUAAUCUUGGUAAUUUAUGGUUACUUUUAAGUCAAAGAGUUGCUCCAAACGUCAUAUCCACCACAGACUGCAGUAGUGGCUAUGAUGGUAGGAGUAAACUGGCACUGUUCCCUAGUAAUGGGGCAUACCAUUUAACAGUUUGCCCUCUUACUGGACGCAGGUCGUUGGCAGGUUUACAUCUGUCUUCAUGGACCUUAUUGAUUGGUUGAGAGCUUCAGCUGACCUCUCCCGGCCAAUGAGUGAGUGUCUGUGCAUCCAACUAUGCAAAGAGCCAGCCCGAACUCUGGGCACCAUGACCACUUCUAAUCACUGAAUUUGUCAUGGUUCUUGGAGUAACCCAUCAAUAUUUAACUUUGUGUCCUUACAAAGUUAGUAUAUUGGACUGAAUAUAACCCUUUUACACAUCUUGGACACUGAGCCUCAAAGUUCCAUGUUUGUUACUAAUUUUGUUUAAAGGAAUCUUUGCUACAUACAUGUUAUUCUAGCGACAUUUAAAGGGUUACUUCAACCACCAUGACCACUUCAGUAAUUUGAAGCAUUCAUGGUGAUAGGAGUCUGUGCAGCAUUUCUGCGUGCUUGCAAGGGAAAGCUUGCUGUUUUAGGUUGUGGAUAUAAUGAAAGAUGGAGUCCCAGAAACUGUUUGUUAUACCAAGGCUUCUUUUUUUCUGUGUUACAAGCAUUUGCUACAAAAAUAUAGGUCAGGCUUUGAAAGUGAUUGGUCUUGCUCUUUUUUUUAAUUAUUCUUGCUGUGACUAUUUCCGUAAGAAAUAAAAAAUAGUCUGUUGGAUUCAGUCGUGUGUGCUUGUAGCAGUUCGAUGUUUUUGAAUUUAUUUGACACACUAAUUCAAACGUUCUUAUGUCACCCGUGAUAUCUCUGUGAGAUCUCUAUUCAGCUUGUGUAUACUUCCUUAAAUCAUUUUUCUUGCAUUUCACUUACGUAGUUGAUCCCUUGCUUAGACCACAAUUGUUUAACUUUCAAUAUUGUCAUAAUUAACAUUUGCUACUGCUGUUCUUUGAGAAAGAAUGAAUAAAAGGUGAAAAUAUCCCUGCAACUCAUUUACUUUCACAGGAUUACCUACUUUUUAGCAGUUGGGAAGCACAUGACUAGAUCUGCCUGCAAAUAUUUAGGAACCUCAAGCUACCAAAGGAAAUUAAUUGGGUAAUCAUUACUGUGGUAUGUGGAGGUCUUUCAAGUUGUUUUUCAGGAGGUUACAAAUUCUACAUCCUGGAAAGCCGUUUUUAUAUCCUGGCCAACAACAUGAAGCAAUUAUAGCAGUCAAGUAAAAAGUGUGUGUGUGUGUGUGUGUGUGUGUAUGUAUGUGUAUAUAUAUAUAUAUAUAUAUAUAUAUAUAUAUAUAUAUAUAUAUAUAUAUAUAUGAGAGACCCAUACACCUACCUUAAAUAAAUAAAAGCUAUUGAGCGAUUGAUUUUAUUUUUUUCAAAUUUAUUUAAGGUUUUGACAAUAUGCAAAAAAAUCCCACUUUUUAGAUGUGUACCUUAAUAUAACAGACUUGUGAUGUCAUUGGGUUAGAGACUUUCACAUUUUUGGUAAACUCACAUUGUUAUACACUUAAUGGGACUCUAUAGGCACUCAGGCCACUUCAUCUCAAUAAAGUUGUCUGGGUACCAUGUCCCUGUCUGUUUACCCUGCAACUGAAAGCAAUGACGGCAGUGUUUUCAUUUCAAGGUUAGCAUGCCUUUAGUGGCUGUCUCCCUGAAAGCCACUAGAAGCACUUUCCCCCAAAUAACAGCGUUGAACUCUGCUAUUUAACCAAUUGGUCUUAUAGAAAUAAUUUGAUUUGGCGCAGCAUUUUGCCGCAAAUGGGCACAAGACUUUAGAUGUUUUCAUAUGGGGAAACUUAUAAUUGGCUGUCAUCAUCUUCAUAAAUGAUCUCAGCCAAGGAGGCGGAGUGGCAUAGUGGAAACCGGCAUGGUGAGGGCUUAAAGGUGAGUAAUACUUGUCUUUCAAACCUUCACACGACAGGGAUACUAAAAUACUUAAAAACUAUAGCAUUAGGAAUAAAUGUUUGUAUUUCUAUUGCUAUAAUGUUUCUUAAAGAAUUAAUUGUCCGUAUUCAAAGUGAAUUUCAAAUUCUAGGGCCAAAGUAUCUAAACUGGAAACAUUUUCCAAAAUAAACAAUAUUGUAACGAAGUUUUCAGACUUUAAAAGGAUACACUUAGUGUACACUAAUAUAUAUGCUCAUUUUAUUCUUAUAUAUGCUUAUUCAUUUUUCAUAUAUAGGCUUCAAUUUAAUAUUGUUUGAUAAGCUUUCCAAAUGAUUUAAUAUUUUUGGAUAAACUUUUAAAAUUAUUUUCUUCAGCAUACUAAAAUGUAAAAAAAAUUUUGUUUUAAAAAAAAUGCAUAUAUAUAUAUAUAUUAUAUAUAUAUCUCAAUAUAUUACAACAUUUAAAUAUCUUUAAUAUUAAAUCAUUUAAAAAGUUUAUUCAAAGAUAUUAAAUAAUGUGGAAAAACUAUUAAAUAAUAUUAAAUCGAGGCCAUAUUUUUCUUCAGAAAUUAAAAAGUUCAAUCCAGUUGAACAUUGUCUAAUAACACGGAAUAUUGUUCUAUAGGAUUCUUCAAUUUGUAAUUAACAUGGAAGUCAUAUUGACCAAAUGUUCGCUACAGAGAAAAACUGGUAGACAUUUAUUUAGCAUGCAUUUUUCUACAAUUUUCAUUAAAUAUAGCCGCGUAGAAGCUAAUUUCCAAUCUAUUUGUGGCAAAUCUCAUUUGUAGAAUGAGAUUUAAAUAGAGGCCAGAUUGUAUUGAAAUAAAUACUAAAUGUAGUAUAUGUAUGUGGCUAGAACUGUUAAUUAUACUAGGGCAAUCUAUAAAAUAACAUCCAUGCACAUCCAUACAUCACAAAUUUUGAUGCGAUUUUUACUUCAAGUGAUUACUUUAUGUGCCCGAGGGGGGGGUGUGUGUGUGGUUUUUUGUUGUUGUUUUUUUUUUUUUUAGCAAUUUUCUCGUAAUGCAACUAAACAUGCUGUUUUAGUAAGAUUCACAUCUUUAUUUAUUUAUUGCUCUAAAUAUUUUAGUAUUUUGAAAAAAAUAUAAUUUUUAAAAGUUUAUCCAAAAAUAACAAAUCAUUUAUAAAUGUUAUCCAAAAAUAUUACAUAAUUUUGUUGGAGCCUUGUUUGUUACCUGUAUUAUACGUCUGGGACAUUCCAAACCAUGUGAUUAUUUAUUUUAAAAGAUCAACUGUACCAAAGCAUACACAUAUCUAUUACAUGUAUGAAGAAUACUUUUAAUAUAAAUAUAUUUAUAAUUCCCCAUAUAUUGUGGUGUGUGUUGCAUGUCAUACAUUUGCUCAUAGCUUUGAUUGACACACACCUUUACAGUGUAAAUUACAAUUGUUUUUUUUUUUUUUGUUGGUAUGUGUUCUUUAUUGUGGAGACAGUAUAUUUAUCAGCAGAUGAAGACAGUAGGUCUAUCCAAUCUGUCCAUCUCUUUCUAAAAGAUCAGAUUUUAUUGAUUUUUGUUUUCUGCCUAAGACAAACAUAAUCAGUUUGUCAAUAACUGUAGUUGUGACAGUACUACAUUGUUUCGUUUUUGGGGGGGUUGUUUUUCGAAACUAGUCUUGCUGAAUGAUGUGACUACAUAGGAAUUAAAUCAAAUGAGAGGCCUCCCUCUCCUCUUUAAUAUGUGUAUGCACUAAAUGUGAAAUAUGACUUUUUGGUUGAAAAGUUGGAAGGAAAAGGCAGUCAAUUUAUUUUUAAAUGUAUCAAAUAGACUGUAAAAUAAAGGGGGUUCAGCCAUUGUGCAUCUUCUCUCCAAUCAUACAAUAAAGUGACUAUCUUUAUAAAUGUUGCAGUACUAUUUUGAAUAUUGCUGGUUUGUGCAAUGCUUACUGUCUGAUGCUCAUGAAAAACAGUAUAAGCAAAGCCAUUCUGAGAGCCUAAAGGGUUACUUCAACCCCCAUGACCACUACUGUUCUUAGAAAUGGUUGUGGUGAUAGAAAUCUGUGUAUAUGCAGCAUUUUUACUUGAAACACUGCACAUUCAGAGAUAUUUGCGUUUCUGUGCCUGGGGCUAGUUAUACCCCGGAAUAUGUGACAUAGGCAUCCCAGAACUAUGUUCCAUACUGCCUAAUCUGUCGAUUUUAUGUGCAAACAAAAUACAUCUGUUGUCCGCGCGUUGUGACAGAUGUGAUUCUUCUCUCACAGGGAAAACCUUCAUAUUCCCUACCUCCAUAAACUGAGUUCUCUCUACUCACUACAGUACUGUUUAUUUUUGGUUCAUUUUAACCGCAGUGAUUGAUUCAUUUGCACUCUGCGUUUUUAGUGCCAAUUUUGCACAACCUGGACGAACCCCAGCACUCUCAGCGAAUCAGCAUAGCCAAAUUUAGGAAGAAAUUGACAUUGGCAAUAUAAAGAAGUGUAUUUUCACAUUAUCAAUGUGGCUGAGAUAGUGUGACUUCUGGAAGAGGAUCAGUUUCAAUCAACCCUUCUUUAAUAGUUUGAUAUUCAGCUGAGGGAAGGUAUCAAGUAAUUUCAUUUUAAAGUCCUGCUAUCCACUGUGGAUUUGCUUCUGGGCUGGUAACUUGCCGUUUACCAGUUGGUCAUUUCUAUAUAUUAUGCAGGGCUGAUGCAAGGAUUUUUGCCGCCCCAUUCGUUACAGACACAGACAGACACACAGACACACACACACAGUCUCUCUCUCUCUCUCUCUCUCUCUCUCUCUCUCUCUCUCUCUCUCUCUCUCUCUCUCUCUCUCUCUCUCUCUCUCUCUCUCUCUCUCUCUCCAAUGCAGAAGUGUGUCACCCAUACACACACACAGACCCAUACAUACACGCACUGACCCAUGAAGAAACAUGCUGACCCAUACAUACAUUUAGCCUAGUCAUUGACAGUGCUGUUUUUUAAUUCAUCAGUGUAGUGACCAUUUUUUUUUUUUAAAACUAGUAAAUGUAAUUAUAAUUUAGAAAUAAUAAUUCGAGAAUCAAUGCAUGAAUAUGCAGUUCAUUUGCCUAUUUUUUAAAAAUUUUAAAUACAUGUGUAGAAAAAUAUAAAGGAAAAGAUGAGCACAGUGGAACAUUUUAACCUCACUAGUAAUGAUGCACAUAGCAGAGAUUAAUCACCUAACUCUGACGGUGUGACUCUGGUAGUGGGGGAAAAAGAGGACCAGGUAGUCAAUGAAGGCCUUGGUCCUCCUUGCACCCUCCCUCCAGCAAGGUGAAGUGACAUUGGGUUAAGAGGGACAAAAUACUUGGUGAUAACAUAUAUUUUUUUUUAAUUUUAUUUUAAAAUUUGUGAUUUAUAAAGUUUUUUUUUUUUAAAUUGAAGUAACGCUUUAAGAAGCUAUGCUUAUAUGAUUCUCUCCAUCCUUGACACCGCCAUCUUUCUUAAGUGGUUUCACAUGACGGCUUAUGGGAAAUGGCAGGAAGUGGUAACAGAAGCUUUACCCAUUGCCACUUUUUGCAACAAAUCUACAUAAGACCAAGUAGUCAAUACUAGUGAUAGUGUUGGAAUUUCAAAUGAAUUGCAACUCCGUUGACAUGAGCUCAUCAUAAAGUGACUACUGCUUAAAAUAAAACUUUGUGUCUGUUCUUGUAAAGGUACAUCUCUAGCAAUAGUACUUCUUUUGAAAAUCAAAAGUGUAAAAAAUUUUUUUAGAGCACAUGCUUAAGCUGUCUGCAAGGCAAGAGAGAACAAUAAGUCACUUAAAGGAGCACUAUAGUGUCAGGAAAACAACCCCGUUUUCCUGACACUGUCAUCCUUGGGUGACCUUCACCCUCAGGGUCCCCCUCCCGUGGUGCUGUAGGGGUUAAAACCCCAUCAGCAGCUUACCUUAAUCCAGCGCCGGGCUCCCUCUGCACUGGUGACCUCUCCUACCCCGCCGCUGUCAGCUCUCGAGUGGAGCCGCGCAUGCAUUCUAACAGUCCAUAGGAAAGCAUUUCUUAAUGCUUUCCUAUGGACGUUCUGCAUGCUGGAUGCAAGUUUCGCAUCCAGCGUCGCAGAUGCACCUCUAGCGGCUGUCAGUGAGACAGCCACUAGAGGUUGGAGUAACCCUGCUAUGUAAACAUAGCAGUUUCUCUGAAACUGCUAGGUUUACAUGUGAAGGGGUAAAACCUGAGGGACAGGGCACCUAGACCACUUCAUUGAGCUGAAGUGGUCUGGGUGACUAUAGUGUCCCUUUAAGAUAUUGAUCAAAAAUGUCUUUAACCCCUUAAGGACCAAACUUCUGGAAAGAAGGAAAUCAUGACCUGUCAUGUGGCCUUAAGGGGUUAAACUGUGUAAAAAUAUAUAGACAGGGCUCAAAUGUUUCUGUAGUUUGUGACUAGUUGGGGGGGAGGGGGGAAGUAUACAAUUUGGGUGAGUAGAUGAAACCCUGAUCAUUGUUGCCAUUAUAAUGCUUUAUUUUAUUUCUGCAUAAAUGUCCUGAUAAUUGUUUCAGGUUAUAUAUGCCUUGUAAUAGUUUUCUCUUUUCCUCUAAUAUUCAUAAACAUUGUGUAAGUGUCUCAUCAGCAGUAAAUAUAUAUAAUUUGUAUUAUUAUUAUGUAGUUGUAAGUUGCAUGCAUUAGGUCUGAUGCAGAUGUAGAGGGGAGAAGAUUCAAGAACCUCCCAGCUACCUCGCCAGAAUUUCUUAAAGGGACACUAUAGUCACCUGAACAACUUUAGCUUAAUGAAGCAGUUUUGGUGUAUAUAACAUGCCCCUGCAGCCUCACUGCUCAAUCCUCUGCCAUUUAGGAGUUAAAUCCCUUUGUUUAUGAACCCUAGUCACACCUCCCUGCAUGUGACUUGCACAGCCUUCCAUAAACACUUCCUGUAAAGAGAGCCCUAUUUAGGCUUUCCUUAUUGCAAGUUCUGUUUAAUUAAGAUUUUCUUAUCCCCUGCUAUGUUAAUAGCUUGCUAGACCCUGCAAGAGCCUCCUGUAUGUGAUUAAAGUUCAAUUUAGAGAUUGAGAUACAAUUUAUUUAAGGUAAAUUACAUCUGUAUGAAAGUGAAACCAGUUUUUUUUAUUUAUUUUUUUUUUUUUCAUGCAGGCUGUGUCAAUCAUAGCCAGGGGAGGUGUGGCUAGGACUGCAUAAACAGAAACAAAGUGAUUUAACUCCUAAAUGACAAUGAAUUGAGCAGUGAAAUUGCAGGGGAAUGAUCUAUACACUAAAACUGCUUUAUUUAGCUUAAGUAAUUUAGGUGACUAUAGUGUUCCUUUAAGAGUUAGGCACUCAUGCCAUUUUUUUUUUUGCAAGAAUAAAGCGGUCUCGACUUUUGGAGCUGUUUGAAGUUUUUGUUUUUGAGAGAUGAAUAAUCUGCCGUUAUUAUGAAAAAACCAAAGGGUAAUAUAAUAUUUCCAAACCUAACCUUUGGCAUGUUGAGCGCACUGCUAGAUAAUUAAAAGAGCAAUUUCCUGUUUCAUGUACAGUGGAAAGCUGAGAGCUACUUUGCAAGAAUAGAAUAUAGCUAGGUGUUCUCUUUGUAGACUUGUUUUAUUAUAAUACUAGUUUAAAUCUAGAUAUCAUUGAUCUGAGGAAGUGCCUUGUAAGCAGUAAACUCAAAAACCGUCUCGGUCUCUGUGCCCACUUUGUGCACUAGCUGCUGUUACUAUGCUGUGUUGGUAAUAUUAUGAAUAAAAGAAAAAAGCUUCAACUUUUACUCAUUACUUUACACUUGCUGCUUAAUUUUGGACAUCUAGUCCCUUUUGAGAUCCAGUGUUACUGUAUUUAUCAUUGAUCACAUCAUGGUCACCAUGGACACUAUGCUAGUCAUAGGCAUUGCUGGAGGUUAGCUUUGGGGGCUGCGGCGGCUAUUUAGUUGGAACGUAUGGUGAUCCUGGAGACAAUAACCAGCACACUGAUCAUGAGAGGGGACAUUACAUAGAAAGGCUGAUAUAUGUAAAUACAUUGAUUUUCUGUUUGUGUACGGGUCAUCAAGGUUUCACUUGGUCUCAAGCACCAAGGGUUUCUAGAACCUACCACACUCUUUGUCACCUCUGGUGCCUGUUGGGGAAUCCUGGCAGGUCUACCAUCCUCCCUUUAACAAUGAAAAAUUGUUCUACAGCCAUUCCAUGUCUGCUGAGAUCAUCGUGGCGGAUUCUUCUUAUGACACGUGUGGCAAUCAUCUUGCUCUGCGAAAUCCGAUGCUUCUCAUAAAUAACUGAAUUUAGUGCUUCUCAAUGAGAAACAUUGGCUGCUCUCAGCAUCAUUAUGCUAUGAAUGAUUACAUUGACUGUGAAUGUGAGGACCUUGCAUGGGUUUUACAUUGCUAAGAAAAGGGGCACAUAUACGUAUUCAUUAAGAUGUACAGCUUAGUGUGUUCCUUUAAUAACAAUUAUAAUUAUAAAGGAUUUUUCCCUUAAAUAUUAUACAUAAUCAAUGGAACUUUGCAUAUUCAAGCUACUUUAAUGCCAACCAGCAUGAUUUUAGUAUUUUGUUAUUCAAAUACUUUGAAUACCGGCUUAAGCACCACUUGGAACCCAGUGGGUUUAGUUUAUGACCCAUAGACAAAUGUUUUUUUGAAGGUCACCUGCAAACAUCUUUUAUUAUUUAAGUAAAUAGAUCUUUAACAUGAACCACAUGCAUAUGUAGUUGGUUUUCUCUCAAGUAUCUGUUGUAACUGAAAGUCUUUUGAGCACAGCACACUUUCUUUUCCUCUCUGCAUAUAACAUCAGUAUGGUAGUUAGAUAAAAUAUCUAAAGACUGUGUAAGAUCCGUGUCCGUGUACACGUGUUUAGUAAAUGUUUGAAUUUGAUAAGGAAUACACCUUAGGGUGUGCUAUGAAGCAGUUUGUAUCCUGUUUGAUACUUGUUUUGUGUGUGUAUUGGCUAAAAAGUUAUUUUCAUAUUAAAAAUAAAAUAAUAAUCUACUUUAGUGAUCUAUGGAGGUAUUGCAUUUACAAGCCCGACUGUCCGCUGGAACAUUUUAUUAGUGUAAAUGAUCAGACCAGUAGUUCAUUGUUGAUAUCUGAUUAAUAUGCAACUUCUGUUGCAUGUAUGUAUAAUAAAAUGCACUGUAUGUUGUAUUGUAUCUGAAUACAGAUACAGGGAGUGCAGAAUUAUUAGGCAAGUUGUAUUUUUGAGGAUUAAUUUUAUUAUUGAACAACCAUGUUCUCAAUGAACCCAAAAAACUCAUUAAUAUCAAAGCUGAAUAUUUUUGGAAGUAGUUUUUAGUUUGUUUUUAGUUUUAGCUAUGUUAGGGGGAUAUCUGUGUGUGCAGGUGACUAUUACUGUGCAUAAUUAUUAGGCAACUUAACAAAAAACAAAUAUAUACCCAUUUCAAUUAUUUAUUAUUACCAGUGAAACCAAUAUAACAUCUCAACAUUCACAAAUAUACAUUUCUGACAUUCAAAAACAAAACAAAAACAAAUCAGUGACCAAUAUAGCCACCUUUCUUUGCAAGGACACUCAAAAGCCUGCCAUCCAUGGAUUCUGUCAGUGUUUUGAUCUGUUCACCAUCAACAUUGUGUGCAGCAGCAACCACAGCCUCCCAGACACUGUUCAGAGAGGUGUACUGUUUUCCCUCCUUGUAAAUCUCACAUUUGAUGAUGGACCACAGGUUCUCAAUGGGGUUCAGAUCAGGUGAACAAGGAGGCCAUGUCAUUAGAUUUUCUUCUUUUAUACCCUUUCUUGCCAGCCACGCUGUGGAGUACUUGGACGCGUGUGAUGGAGCAUUGUCCUGCAUGAAAAUCAUGUUUUUCUUGAAGGAUGCAGACUUCUUCUUGUACCACUGCUUGAAGAAGGUGUCUUCCAGGAACUGGCAGUAGGACUGGGAGUUGAGCUUGACUCCAUCCUCAACCCGAAAAGGCCCCACAAGCUCAUCUUUGAUGAUACCAGCCCAAACCAGUACUCCACCUCCACCUUGCUGGCGUCUGAGUCGGACUGGAGCUCUCUGCCCUUUACCAAUCCAGCCACGGGCCCAUCCAUCUGGCCCAUCAAGACUCACUCUCAUUUCAUCAGUCCAUAAAACCUUAGAAAAAUCAGUCUUGAGAUAUUUCUUGGCCCAGUCUUGACGUUUCAGCUUGUGUGUCUUGUUCAGUGGUGGUCGUCUUUCAGCCUUUCUUACCUUGGCCAUGUCUCUGAGUAUUGCACACCUUGUGCUUUUGGGCACUCCAGUGAUGUUGCAGCUCUGAAAUAUGGCCAAACUGGUGGCAAGUGGCAUCGUGGCAGCUGCACGCUUGACUUUUCUCAGUUCAUGGGCAGUUAUUUUGCGCCUUGGUUUUUCCACACGCUUCUUGCGACCCUGUUGACUAUUUUGAAUGAAACGCUUGAUUGUUCGAUGAUCACGCUUCAGAAGCUUUGCAAUUUUAAGAGUGCUGCAUCCCUCUGCAAGAUAUCUCACUAUUUUUGACUUUUCUGAGCCUGUCAAGUCCUUCUUUUGACCCAUUUUGCCAAAGGAAAGGAAGUUGCCUAAUAAUUAUGCACACCUGAUAUAGGGUGUUGAUGUCAUUAGACCACACCCUUCUCAUUACAGAGAUGCACAUCACCUAAUAUGCUUAAUUGGUAGUAGGCUUUCGAGCCUAUACAGCUUGGAGUAAGACAACAUGCAUAAAGAGGAUGAUGUGGUCAAAAUACUCAUUUGCCUAAUAAUUCUGCACUCCCUGUAUAUAGACCCAUGAUAUUGAAAUGUGGCCCUGCACUUUUCAGACGGCCAGGAUUUCAUGAUAUCCCUUCUUUAGCACAAAUUGAUUAAUAGCUUAGUUAUUUUCAUUGAUGCGUGUACAGUGGUAAAGACCUCUUCGGGUACUAGUCCUAAAGGUAAUGUUUUAAACCCACAAAUAUUUUUUUUUAGUAUACUAAUCAACCUUUUAACCAUGAAUUGCACCAUUUAGAUUUCUUUCUGUUCAGUGUUAAAGGAACAUAUCAAGCACCAUAACUACUACAUAUGCCCUGGCUCCACCACUCCCCACCAGGUGCAGUUUGUUAAACGGUUUGCUAACGGUUUGAUAGCUUACAUGAGCUCACGUCCGUCAUUGAGGAGUGGAAUAUCCUGGACAGAGCUACUCUACUUUUGGCUCUCAUGUCGAAGGGGACCAGCAUGAUUAGGAAAUGGUAUGAAUACUUGUAUGUGAGGGGCGCAAGGGCUUUACUGUCACCAUUAACACUAAUGGCGCUGCAGUGGUCAUGGUGUUUGGAAUGUUCAUUUAAUAAGCAACUGCUUUUUUUGUUUUUUUUUUGUUUAGUGUAAUCAGAUGUUUUUUUUUCCUCGCAAGGUCUGUUUUAUGUCAAGCCAUAUAGAAACUGUUUGGGAUUAAAAAAGCAAAACAGGGCUCUCUGUGGCACCCACACAUGAUCCCCAGCUCAGUUGCAUAAAUAAUUUUGAAUUUACAAUUCUGUGUUAUCCAUGUCAAUUUGACCAACAGUGAGUUAACUUGCACCCAUGAUUUUCAGCCAGUCAUCACCAUUCACCUGAAACCAACCAUUACCAUUAAUUUAUUUGCAUUAGUGUCAAUGUUGCAGGCAAGUUACAUUCUAUGCAGCUGUCCAUCACUGACCGUUAAACUGUCCUAGUUUUGUUUGAGAGUAUUUGUGAUCUUUUUAACAAUUGUUUAGGAUUCUUAAGUGUUUAAGUGGAGUUUAAUUUCCUAGCUGGUGGUUGUUUUCAGCAGUCAGUAGAUCUUUGUGGGUAACACUGAACUAUAGAACAUGUUAAAAUAUUUAUCUCAGUGAUUUUUUUGAUGAAUAGGUUGGGAGAUUACUCUGUUGGAUGAACAACCCCUGGCCCAGUCCCUCAAAUGGACCAUUUAGUAAUAGAUAAAAAUUGCAAGUGAACCUUUACAUUCCAUUUUUUUCCCCUCAGGGUUCCCUUGUCAGUUGUCCAGUCUCUACAGAUUCAUUUAAAUGUAAACAUUCUGCAUGACUUUCAUGUGAUAAAGAUGUCCUUGCAAAUUGCUCAGCACAUGUUUCCAGUACAAACAUAUUUAUACCAAUGUAUGUGCGCAUACUUAGGGUGAAAUCAAAUAGGCGUGUUCUUCCUAUUUUAAACUAAUUCAGUAUAUUUUGCCUUAUUUUUCAGGAUGCUGGUGGGAAUCACCACAAGGUUUCUGUGUCGCCUGUAGUUCACGUAAGAGGACUUUGUGAAUCUGUGGUGGAAGCUGACCUCGUGGAGGCACUAUCAAAGUUUGGAACAAUUUGGUAUGUAUCCCUUUCAUAUUCACAGUCUGUCUUAUACUUGAACAUUACCCCUGUUGCCUGUUUGGGAAAUGUGUCUACCAUUUAACAUGGUUUUCUGUUUAGCUAACAAAGAUCUUCUAACGUGACAAAAUAGUCGCAACUACCACAAACUUCUUAACAGCCUUUAACCACGAGUUAUAAUGGAUUAUUUUCCUGGGUACAAAAGCAAAACAUUUAUCCUGUUUCAUUUUAUAGUGAAUGACUCGCUUCAGUGUAGAAUGUCUAGAUAGAUAUGUUGCAUUUCUUGAGUACAGUUUUUUUAAGCUGUAAAAGUUGUUGGUUAUAUUUUUUUUAAAUGCAUCUUUUUUUUUCUAAUGCAUACAGGCUAUAACAUCUGUUCUCUGCUCCUUAUCUAUCUGAUAAACUUAAACCUGAAUUUAUUGUAAGCUACUUUGCCAGAUCACUUGAUUCCUAAUCAGUCAGUUCUAAGAUCUGGGCAUUUUCAGAGUUUUUAUUAUGUAUAUUCUAUCCAAUUUUACUUAUAGGGUCACCCUAAGCUUCAUAACAACCUAUGCUCAAUAGAUAGAUAGAUUAUGAUACAGAGUGUAGUCUGACCCUGGUCUUUCAGCACAUUUUUACUUAAACUUCAGUAAAACUUAAGUAAGGUUUUCAUCUCUGUCUCUUGUAUCUGUGACAAAAGUAGGAAUUUUACAUACACUUUUGCUAUCCUAGAUCAGUGUAACACUUGUGGGCAAUCUUUACCUUCUGCCCAAGUCUCUAACUCCCCCUGAGCCAUGUUUGUGUGGUCUGUGGCUCAGUAAGUCACAAAUCACGGCCAUAUUCACAGUUUUGAAUGCAUCUCACAACAAUGCGCCACCCACAGAGAAGCUAUGAAUAGGCCGAUGGCUGCACAGUUUGCUUUUGGCUUAUCUAGCAGAUCCACUCAUCCUUUGUAAUAAUUGUAGAUUAUGUUCGCUUUAGUGUACCUAUAAUCUUAAGAAAAAUAUUCACCUCCUGUCAUUAAUAAAAUUAAGUCUCUCUUUACUUAAGCUCCACAGCAGCACAGUUUAACAUAGAAACCAUGAGAACCAAUCAAAAAUCUUGGGAUUAAUCUUGUGAAGUAAACUACUAAAAGCAUGCAAACCCGGAUAGAGACACUGGUCCAUAACAUUCAUAGUAGACUGUGGCUCCUAAGCAAAUGUAAGCUAACAUGUUAUCAUCAAUCCAAAAUCCCCAGGUGAAGAAAACAUUUGGAUCAUAAAUCAAUGUAAGGAAACAAUCAAUUGGAGAAGAACCAAUUGCGAACAUCCAUAAUUGUGCAUACUGACUUACCUGAGCAGAAAACAACUGUGGCUGGAAAAAGAACCCGGGUGGCUCUCGAUACUCAGCGAAAGGAGACUAUAUAUUAUAGUAGCGUAAACUUUGCUGAUAGCCGGCGAAGGGAAAGAUUUUAGUUCUCGGGACAGUCCAGAAGAAAUCUGAGGAUUAUAUCCACAUCCCAGAGGUGAGUAUAUUUAGGUGCAGGAGGUCGAGCCAGCUUGAUGCCUCUAAGUAGUCUGCAUACCAGGGGGUCCUGCCCAAUCGCAGAGCCCUGUAGUGGGACAUGCGCUGCCGAAAUGGCUGAAUGUACUAAGUUGAUAGAGCGGUAGGAGCGUCCCAAAUCGAACAGGUGAGAAAGGUAAUUCAGGAUGAAUGGAAGAGGAGCCACACACCAAGUACACAAAGAUUUCCAGGCAGCGAGAUAGCAUCUUCACAUUGCAGGAGCCUACGAGUCCCAGAGGAGGCUCUUAGUUGUCUGCGAUAGUCCUUCGACGUUCCAGGUACCCAUGAAAGAGUCCAAGUCACCAACUGAAGACGACUGUCUAAUACCAUAGGGUGACCCUGUGAGUCCAAGAGAAGCUGGGAACGCUAGAAGGAGUUGGUCUUGGCAGGAGAGGUCUAGGAGAUCCGGGAACCAAGUCUGGCCCUGCCAUAAUGGAGUCAGUAAUAUCAAUUUGACCUGCUGUCUGCGGACCUGCAGUAAGACUCUGGAGAUCAUCGCAAAAGGAGGGAAAGCAUAAGCUCCAUUUACGGGCCACUCCGGCAGAAAAGCAUCCACAGCUGAACAUUCUGUGUUUGGAAUCCAGCUGAAAAACCUGGGGACCUAGUAGUUUGACACAAAGAGAUCUACCCUGAAGGGUCCUCUUAGGUGGGAGAUGCGUAGGAACACGGAUUGUGGGAGUCGCCAGUCGCUGACGUCUCUCCAAUGUCUGGAGAACCAAUCCGCCGUGAGGUUCUCCACUCCGGGAAGGUAUUCGGCCUGUAGGGGAAUAUUGCGUUGAAAACAGAAACUGUAAAUAUCUUUCGUUACUUCUGAAAGCACUCAUGACCGGACCCCGCCCAGACAGUUGAUGUAUUUCACCGCGGAGAUGUUGUCCAUUCUCAACAGUAUGCAACAGUUUGAGAGUUGUUUUGACAAACUGCGUAUAGCGAACGACCCCGCAAUCAACUCUAGACAGUUGAUAUGACCUAUGUUCUCUGCUGAUGUCCAAGUGCCUCCCAUGGAGGCUGUCGGGCCAGAAGCACCCCAUCCCCAUAGACUUGCGUCCGAUUCCACGAUGAAGUCUGGGGUGGCACAGAAGAUCGCUUUGUUGUUUCACGCCAACAUGUGGAGGAGCCACCAAUGAAGUUCUUAUUGGACCUUUGCUGUUAAGGGAGCCAUUUGGUCGUAUGAGGGUUGAAGAAACUGCUUUUAAGUGCUGCAUGGCUCGAUAAUGCAAAGGUAGAUGGCCUGUAUUGAGGCUGAUCUAGACGUAACGUCCUGUGGAGUUCCUUCCGGAUUGCUGAAAUUUUUGAUUGAGGGAGGCGGAGGAUGCACUUGGAAGCGUCGAUCUCGAAACCCAGAAACUGAACCACCUGGGAAGGAGUGAGUGCGGAUUUCUCUCGGUUGACCACGAAACCCAAGGACUCUAGUAAGGAGAUCGUAAAUUGUGACUGAAAGAAAUAAAGCGAAAGUAGGAAUAGAAUAAGGACAUAAAUUACAGCAAAAAUAAAUUAACUGAAAUAAAGUUAUGAAGUAAAAGGUGCAGAAAACGACACCCUGAGAUAAAAUGAUACCAAUGCAUGUGAAUUAAGUACAAAAAUACCACAGAAAAAAACACAAAUGUAGGACAGUGGCACUCUGACCUGUACUGGUGCGGAGCAGCAGAGAAAAAGGGGGAGUGGCUUGUAGAGCAGAGUCUUAUACUGUAUUACUCGUUUUUGCUUGGUUCUCACUGUUUCUGUUAAAAUGUGCUGCAGUGGAGUAAAGAGAGACUUAAGCAAAAUAUGAAGCCUCCUGUCAUGUAAUACAAUUAAAACUGUGAGUGAGAGCUGAACGAAUUAAGCCAUAAAUCCUUCUGGACAGGGAUUUUUGGGAUAGGGAAAAACUCCAUAGAACAUAAUGAGAGGGUACUGAUUUGUAGUGUCUAUUCCUGGUGUACCGUGCUUCUGCUUGAAAUGCAUUAACAGAAUAACAGAAACAGGAGGAACUUUGAAGCUGAGCAUUUUUUUUUUUUUUUUAACUAAAUGCACUAUCUAUAUAUAGUCAUGAUGAUUGGCUGAGUCACUUUCUGGUUUGGGCAGAGUUCUGCAGAAGCUUGAGGAUAAGCAGCAGACGCACUAGUGUCUUUUUAUUAUUAUUAUUAUUAUUAUUAUAAAUUUUUUUUUAAUAAAAUAGACUUACACAAUUUUAAGGCAUCAUCUGUAUAUUGCGUUUAAAAAUAUUAAGUCCAUUCCAAAUAUGAAAAGACUACCCGUAAAAUAUUAACGUUUGCUAAAUUGUACUAGUCUAGAUUAAGUUAGAUGAGAGCUUUCCAGCUCAGCACAUGAAAGGAAUGGAUGAUAAUAGGAAAUCUAAUGAAACCACGAAAAGCUACUUUGAGGUUACCUCAUGGUUUACAGCUAAGAUUGAGGUUUUUACAUCUGUGUUUAUUGAUAUAACAGAUAUGAAAAUUGUAUAAUUUGCAAAGAUGUUGAGGAUAGACCAGGUUUGUGGGCACCAAUAAAGGCACACUGUCAGAUACUUGUGCUAGAUGUUUGUGUCUUAUACGUUGAUUUAUAAAAAAAAAAAAAAAAAAAACAAUUUAGGUAAUUUUUUAAAUUUUUUUUUUGGGGGGAUUGUUAACUUUUAUUUGUGAAAUGUUCCUAUACUACUUCUAAUCGUGUGUGCGUUUAUUUAUAUAUAUUUUUUUUUCCUUACAGUUAUGUCAUGAUGAUGCCUUUCAAGCGUCAGGCAUUAGUUGAAUUUGAAGAUAUUGAGUUUUCAAAGGAGUGUGUCACUUUUGCUAUGAAUGAGCCAGUGUAUAUAGCCGGCCAGCAAGCCUUCUUCAAUUACUCCACAAGCGUACGAAUCACAAGACCCGCAAAUACAGAAGAUCCAUCUGGGGGGAAUAAAGUUCUUCUCUUGUCUAUCCAAAACCCCCUGUAUCCUAUUACAGUGGUAAGCUUACGUUUCCGAAUAGUUUUUAAUUUGAAUUAUUUGAGUGCUCUUGACAUUAAAACAAAGAGCUGUAAAGUGUUCUUUUGGCUUUGGCUGCUCAGUCAUGCUUAUGCUAUUGAAUGUUUUAAAAAAAGUUAUUUUAUUUUAGCUAAUGUUUACUCUACUGGCAAUGUGCUUUGUGCAUAUAUGCAUGUACAUUAAUGCAGCGUUUGUUAUCCCACAAGGCAUUAGACUUGCUUGACAAUAUUACUAAAUGAAUACUCUUUGGUAGAACAUGUUAUAAAUGAUAAAGAACUCCCCUUUGAGCUAAGCAUUGUGAUUGCAAAAUUGUCUGGCACAAUUGUCUUUUUAUGUUCAUUAAUGGAUAAUGUAUUAAGUGAUUAUACAUUAAUUGGGAGUCUUAAAAUGUGUCCUUUUUCUGACUGCAUUAUUUUUAAAUUUAUUCUUUUAAGGUUAAACAUUUCUGAUACAUAUUACAGAUAAUUGCAAUAUAUAUGAUUGUAGCUGUAAUUUUUUGUUUAUUUUAUAGUGACAUUUUCUCCUUUGAUUGCUCUUUCAGGAUGUUUUGUAUUCUGUCUGCAAUCCAGUUGGCAAAGUAGAGCGUAUCGUUAUCUUUAAAAGAAAUGGAAUCCAAGCAAUGGUUGAAUAUCCUUCUAUUCUUUGUAGACUUUUAAUAUACAAAAGCAAUUCUAAAAUAAUAUUUUUUAAGUUCUAAAAUAAAUGUUUCCUGCUACCCUUUGCAUAUAAUAAUAAUAUUCCAGAAACUGUGAUAACAAAGUAUUCACAUAAUAAUCACAUGUUCAGAAUGCAACAAUUUCCCAUGACCUACUAGGUAGAUACAAAUAGUUGCGUCUAGUCUAUUAUCUAUGACCAGUACAUCUCACUGUCUGAAUUCUAAUGCCAUUUCAUGGUAAGUAGUCAAACUGUUUUAAAAAUAUUUAAUGUUUAAGUCCCCCUGACAACUCUGGUCCUGCUUUCUCUUUUGAUAUCUAAAGCGGAAAUUCUCCUUGGUUGCUGUAUCUCUCAUGCAGAGAUGACUUGUUGGCAUUUCAUUUUUGGAUUGCCCUUGUUGGGGGAUUUGUGGGUGGGAUCAGUCUGAUAUGGAAAUUGUAGAUUUUCUCUUUGUUAUGGCACAAGUAAUGUAAAUGCACAAGUGAGCAAAAACAUUUUAGAGACCUAAGCGGGGACUAACUGAAGGGCAAGCUGCUGCGUUUCUCUAAACAUUUGCUCGUUCUCAUAUUCUCUGGUUUUGUUGCAGUGCAUUUGCUCAGCUUAAAUGGUAAAUCAUAGAUGGAACCCGUGCUCACUGUGUCUAGACUGGUAUUGGUUUCUCCUAUCUGACAAGGCCGAAUGAAAGCAGAAAAAAUUGUCCAGGGUUGCUGCUACUCUCGUGCAGAGAGGACUUGCUGGUACUUUGGUUUUGGAAUGCCAUUAUUGGUGGUACAUGUCUGAUAUAUGCAAAUGGUAUAGGUUAACUUUGUAAUGGAAUGACUGAGCAAAAGCAUUUUUGAGACAUUAGCGGGAACUAACCAAAGGGCAAGCUACUGAGUUUCUCUAAGCUUUUGCCCAUUCUCACAGUUCUGGUAUCUUCUGCUUUUGUUGCAUGACAUUUUACCAACAGCGAGAUCAUGGAAUUAAUUACCAAUUAGUCAUUUGGAGGGUUAGCAACUGCCGUUAGUGGUUGAUUUCAGAACUGCUGAAACUACUAAGUUACAGGUAGCUGCUCCUAUACAGAAUACUCUGUGACUGUCUUUUUAUCGCAGCUGCUUGUAACUUCCCAUUGCUGCUUGAAAUUGUUAAACAACCUCUACUUGCUAAAUGCAGCACCAGUUCGCAAGUUGCCUUUAACAAAUUGAGAAAAUAUCUUUGUCUCAAGUGAAUGAAAUAUAGGAAAUGUCCAGCCCUCUUUGCAAACCUAAAAUGAGAAUAUGUUAAACUCGCAAUAAUGAUUGCUGAACCUUUCUUUGCAGACGUGAUUAUGAAAAAGCUUUGACAGAUUCUAAACAAAUUUCUUUCUAUCACUGGUCUUUAGAAUGUUAGAAUUUCAGUUGGUUUAAUUGGUUUUUUUUGUUUUAUUGUUUUUCUAAAUAUGUAACAUUGAGUGAUUAUUGUAAGCUUCCUUAAUAUAGCUAACAUUUGACACCGUGCUCAGUGCUCAGAAAGCCAAAGCUGCGCUAAAUGGAGCAGAUAUAUAUGCGGGAUGCUGCACGUUAAAGAUAGAGUAUGCCAGGGUAAGUAAAAAACAUACAAACUGCUCUUUAAUGGGACCCUGUAGUCAAUAUAACCAUCUCAUUGAAUUGACUAUAAUGCUUGGAGUCCCUGGCACUGUCCCUCCAUUCAGUGUUAAACAAUUUUCAAGAGUACCUGGCCACCCAUAGCCUUGCCUCUACUGGAGAUGUGGCUAAAGCAAGAGAUGACAUACUCCUUAGUAGGCUUGUAGUCAUGUCCAUUCAUACUGGCAAUGCGCUCUCUGAAAAGCAGUCUCACAAGUGAAAAGAGUAUCACAAGCAAAAAUUAUUAUACAAUUGUCAAGAGUAUAGGGAACAUGAGUUGUAAUAUUAUUUGUACAAACUGGGUUGUUACUCUUUUUUAUAAUAUAACAUACGGUUUAUAAAGGUAGAAACAUGCUCGGUAAAACAAGCAGGGAUAAAUCAUGCUUGAGUAGGGAAACAUCGGAGUAGAAACCACCCUUGGCUGCUUUAGAGUAAUAUCUCAGCUGGUAGCCUUAAAUGUUGACAUAUUCAUCUGGAGUGUGCUAAUGCAGGUUAAUAAAAAGGUUGAAUAGAAAUGGUUAACUGAAAUUAAAAGCAGGAGCAAUGGAGAACAUGUUGCCACAGUAGCCAGCUGACUAAAAUAGAGCAUGGAACGGGAGACUCAGCGUGGGGGUCAGCCUAUUCCCAUUGUAGAGAAUUUACAGUCCCACUCGGAAUGGAUCUGAAUCAAUGACAGAGGUGACAGCCCUCAGGUAUUGUGGCUUCUGUUGCCUUCCACCCAGUUCUCCCAUAUUCCUUUCCUCUGUAAAUCCCGUUCUAGGUAUAGCCUGCGCCGGGGCCUGCCAGCUAACUGCUCGCCUUGCGGAGCGCUGAUAUGGUCUUCGCCGCCGUAGGCAUGUUUGUCUCGUGGGAGAAGUCACUGUUCGGCACGGUGGGCAAAACGACUGCUUUGUAGGAACUUUCACACUUGCAGAUGAGGCCCGCUUGUACUGGGCCUCCAAGAGCUGGACUAUAGAUGGCAGCUCCGCGCCAGGAUUAAGGGUACUAGUGGCGUCCGCCGUCUCAAGUGUGUUGCCGCUGGCAUCUGCGACACAGCCAUGACCUCUUGGUGGAGCUUGGACGCCACCAGAGUGGGGACCAGGAUCACCCCCACCGGUCCAAGGGGGGGGGUCAGCAGGGUGUCCUGAACAUAUCUGGACCCUGUCGGCGCCGUACCGGGAGACUGGCCGCCUCACUGGAGCAAGGCGUGCAAAACUGUUCUGAGGACCGCUGGAACCGUUCCCUGCAUGGUCUGAGAGCUGAAGUUGCAAAGCAUAUGUAGCAUGUGUGUAGAGAACUGCUAGAACAGCUGUAGUAAGCGGUUUGUUUAGUGUGUCUCAGGGAGCUUUCAAGAGACACGUCUGGGCGCCAUAAUGGUCAAAAACUAAUUGAAUGAAAGUACUGCACCAGGAGACUCCAGACACUAACCAGUUUUUAAAAUUGUAUUUUAUUUCUUACUGGCAUUUAUAAAGCGCCAACAUAUUCCACCGUUAAACUAGAUGAAGCAGAUACAGUACCUACAGCAUGCUACCCCAACCUCCGGCCCUCCAGAUGUUGCUGAACUACAACUCCCAUGAUUCUAUGAAUGAAAUAGAUGGGCUGAGAAUCAUGGGAGUUGUGGUUCAGCAACAUCUGGAGGGCCGGAGUUUGGGGAAGCCUCGGCUAGUGUCCCUUAAUGAUUUUGGUAACUCUGGUAAAACUGACUGUUUUUUGUAAUUCUGUACAGCCCUCACGACUCAACGUUAUUCGCAAUGACAAUGAUAGCUGGGAUUACAGCAAACCCUACCUAAGCAGAAGAGGUAAGAGUUGCAUUUUAUUGUUGUAAAUUCUGGAAUUAUUUGAUUGGUCUUUGAAGUGAUCUUUUUGUUAAGAAUUACAGCAUAGACUUGGCUUUAGUUGCCAUAUCUGUGGUGAACUGGUCAAAUUCCCGAAGGUUGUCCACACUUGCAAACAUGCUUGCAGCACCAAAGACGUUUAUUUUCUACAAGCAUCGCAUUCCCUUUCCUCUUUCACAUUUUCUGUCUCUAUAGAGGGUGGGCGAACUCACUUUCAAACUUAUAAACUUGCACACUGCAUCUCAACGGAAAAGACUUUGUUCCCACGCAUUAAUGCUGGACAAGGCACUCAGAAGUCUAGAGGAGGAUCUCCAUCAGGCUGACUCUACACCUACUUCAUGCACCACAUCGGCACCAGCAAAACAACUUUCUGAAAACCACAGACUUGCAACUCACAUUGACUGCAUUCAGCAUGCAUCAUCAUCACCACAGGCUCCCAAAGAAGGACACUUGCAAGCCCUUUGCAUAUAUGCAAGGAUUGAAUGUUGUUGUAGAUCAUUGAGAACUUUCACCUGGACUUGCAGUCUGUGAUUAAAAUCCUUAGAAUGUAAACUGGCCUUUAUACCAUUUGAGGAAAAAAGGACAAGAGCAGUAUUUUUUGUACAUUUUAUUUUGUGCCUGGAUUAUGCUCAUUUCGUUCAAAAUGAGAACUACUAUUUCAUGAUGAAGACCAAUAGUAAGCAUAGUAGAGGAUAGUGUCCAUUUUUUGAUGUUUGAAAACCUAAAAAUUGAAGGGUUAUAAAGAUUGUAGUAGCAUUGCAAAUAUUACACAAGAAUUGCCAAUUACAAGAGGAAAGUUCCUAUCCAAACAUAUAGGUUGUAUAUACUAUAUAAUUUCAUAUGUUAUAGAUACAGCAGUUUAAAAGGUUACAGAAUUGAGUUAAUUUUAUGUAAAACAAAUGGUAUAUUAAUAGUUGGUCUUUUUAUAUUUUUUCUGGUAAUGCUACAGGAGAGGUGUAUUCCACUCUUAUGAAGUUGUCAGAGAGUAUUAAACUACUCCUAAUAUUUCUGAUCAUUUGUGCUAGCCUGGCCGGUAGCAAAAGUAGGGAUUAACAGAUAAAACAAAACUUACUCCAGGUUUAGAUUUCUUUUCUGUUCUUAUGUACACUUUACCCGGCAUCCACAUAUUUAUGUGUUUGCUUAGGCACUAAAACCAAGGUUGUGUUUGCUCGAUAGAUAGUGGCAAUAUUUUGGAGAAAAUUGUUGGUGUGAGAUGAGCACGGAGUACAACUAAUUGUGAAGUCCAUGGUUUUCCUAUAUUCACCAAUAUCUGCAUCUGUUCUGAUGAAUUUUACCACAAACAUUUAAAGAAUGGUCUUCUUCUAUGUAGUUGUUUUUAGCAUUAUACACCGUAGCUUUAUUUGUAAUGCUAUCUGCCUCUUAUGCCAGUGCUACUUAAUGUGACUAUAAUGAAUGAAAUGCAGUUUCUGCAUAUGGAUGUUACGUAUUUGUAUAGAAUGAAGGGUGCUAUAUACCUUCAUAUACUCCCCUUCCUCCUUCCCAUACCUUGAAAUAGGAAGCAUGUGAUUGAUCAAGAAGUGUGAGAUUCCCCGUAUAUUUUAGUGAUUUCUGGUGGUCUCUUGUUGUAAAUGACAAUUGGAUACCAAUCAUAUCCAAUGUGCAUUAAGCAACACUUUGGAUGAGCAAUGUUUUAGUCCAUGUUGAAUGAACAUCUUGGCUGUUGGAUGAUUGCUGCAGCAGUACACUGUGCUAAUAGUAUAGGUGCCACCGUGCCAGACCUGGUCUAGUGCUGCUACAGGCAGAUUAAAUAAUACACUGUCUGUUUGCACUUGGGGUCUGUUUACACAUGGUGGUUCAUCAGCCGUAAAUACAGCAAACUGCUUCUUGUAUGGUUUUUGUUUUUUUAAAAGAGGUGAACAUUCUCCUUGGUAUUUCAAGCAGACCAGCUUGUGGUCUGGCUACAUGACAUUUAGGCUAUUGCUAGCCUAUGCAAACAUCCAUGGUAAGGCUUCAUUAAUGCCAAAUUUGUAGGUAUCAACCGAAUGGUCUGUGUGUGGUGUACCUGGUGUUAUAUGUUUCAGGUGUUUAAGCUGGUAGGUUCUACUAAUUGGUAUUGAGGCCAUGAGCUUGUGUGUAUUCCCCUUUCACCCCCCCCCCCCACACACACACACCACGGUUCAUAUUCCUCUCUGAAACUUAAGGACAAACAUGAACAGGGGGAUACAAUCAGCCACAGGGUAUGAAAAACACAACUACGUAAUUGGUCAGUGUGCUGUAGGUCUGGUCAUAGACAGGACUUGGAAGUCAAUCAUGAGUGAAAAGAAAGUGUACGUGUGAGAUCAUGGCACGGUUUGAAAUAAAGGAGAUCUCUCCUAUUCCCUGCUCAACUUUUAUAGAGUAUUCUUUACGUUUAUCCAGUUUCAUUUCAGUAGUCCCUAUCACAGUCCUAACCUAUUUUCUUAGUAGCCAACAUUUUUUUUCUCUUUCACAUAAGACAUGUAAGGUCAUUUACAUAUUAUUUAACAAAAUAUGAAUUUUCAAGAAAUUAUACACAAUUGUAAUGGUAAUCUAUAAGUAUUGUAACUGUCAUAUAUUUAAAAGGGUAGUUUUCUGAAAAGAGGAGUGGGGGGAGUUUAAUACUUUAAUACUUAGGGCAAGCUAGGGAAUGCCCUGAUGCUUUUGUGAUGUAAAUAGUGUAGAGGCCAAAUCUUCUCUGGUUCAUCAAUGUGGACAGAUUUUGGAAAGUAAUAGAUGUCUUUUAAAACGGGGUUAUCCACUAAAAUGAGAAUUCAAACUGAAUUCCUAAUGUAAUAUCACGGUAGAUGAACUAAAAGCAUAGCUGACUUUCAGAAUUUUUCCAGGAGGUCUAUUUUGACCCUUAAUCUAUAUUCACAUUCGUGAAUAACCCUGAUUGUAUUCAAUUCAGAAGUGUUUCAUUGUUUUCAUUUGAGGAAUCUAUAUCUUAAAGUAAAUUUGGAGCAUUACCCCCUUUCCCAAAAAAGACACCCUACUUUGUAUUGUAUUUUUGUUGUUUUACAGUUAACACAGUGUAUGUAAAUACAUGCAGUACAAAUUGCAGUUUCUUUUAUUUUGUAUGUAACUGAUGAAACAAUGAACACUGUAACCGUUGAAACACAAAUGUAUGUGACCAUUUGCAUGUAAAAAGUUUGUAAUAGACACUUCCUCUGGGCGUACGACCCUUUUUAGAAAAUGUUUGUUCCCUUUUUUAACAUUGUCCACUGUAUUUACUGAUUGUGAAACCAUGUAAUACAGGUGUUUGUUGGAAUAUGCUGAAACAUCUUGAAGGGAGACCUCUUUGA